UGAAUAAGAUUAGCAAUCGUCCAUUAUCAUUAAGACGCUCGGCUCGGAUUAGGUGUAAGGUUUGUCCCAAGCGAAUAUCAAAGAAAGCCCAGAGAGUAGCCCUAGCCCAUCAGCCUGACCCAAAUUUAUUGCUCUUCUUAGAUAUAUUGCUAGACCCUCGAGUCCUUUUAUUAGGAUUUAGGACUUUUCCAGGCCUCCAAACUACCCACUGUCAUCUGAAUGAAGCUACUCGAAAAUAUUUUGGUUUGUGAAAAUACUGCAGAGCUCUUCGAUUCCCAACGACGGUGGUAAAUCUAUCAAGAAAAUUAUUGUACAACUCCGGCCCUCCGGGCCGCCCCUGAGCUCUGGGCCUUGGGGGGAUGGGUAAGUUCUUGUACUUUUCGCUGAAGAUCAACCACGUAAUUUUUUACAACAGUUCUGUUUCUCACAGUUGAGUAAGCUACGAAGUCAAAAUGAUUACAAACUUCAAUGGUUUUGGCGUUGGCCUUGGAUUUGGUGUUGGUUGCGGCUUCGGAGUUGGAUGGGGUUUUGGAGGUACGCCUUUGAGUAUCUUUGGGCUUGGUGCAGGUGGUGGCUGUGGGGUUGGCUUUGGCCUUGGAUGGGGCUUUGGGUCUGCCUAUGGUAGUCAGUACAGAUCAUCUGGGGUCACAUUCCAAGGUUUAGAAUUUGGCAAAGAGGACAGAAGGCAGGAUGGUGAGUUCAAAGAACUACCAAAAAGCACCAAGGAAAUUCGUGUUUCACAGUAAUUUUUUGCCAGUUUGGGGUUGAAUUCAGACUUGUAAAGAAUGAGAUAUGAGUUAGAAAUGUCAUACUAUUGCAUUUUUCCACAUUUGCCAUUUAAUAGUCAAAUUGGACUGGAGGAAAAUCCUGGUUACUUUUGUAUUUGAGGUAAUUAAUGUUCAGUUUGGAGUCUUGUAAGUUCAGCUGGAGGAAUCGAUGAAAUUGAUUGGAGUUUCUAUUUACGAAGUGAAAUUCUGUCUGUGGUGAUGUAUAGUUGGAGCUUCUUCUAGUCUUUCUUAUUUUCUCUGCUGGUGCUUGAGAUGCUGAUUGCUGAGCUAGUGGCGUUCUUGCUUGAGAGUGCUCAUAUGUUAUUAGCUGUUUUAAGUUCCCGUUUUCCAAAGAUAGAGGUUGGCUUCCAUGAAUGCUUUUAAUUUUGGUGCCAUCUAUGCUUAUGAGAAGGAUUAGGAGAAGGCCACCUUAGAUUUAGGGGGAGGAAGAAUGAUGAAGGGAACGUUGAUAGUGAAUUUUGCAUACAAAAGUGUGCCAAGGAAUGCCUGAACACAAGCUGAAAGCUGGAUUUUUCUUACAACAGUAAAGUUCUUUUUCUUUUUCUUUGUUUUUUUAAAUCAAUUGGAAAAAUUCAUUGUAUUCUGAAUGGACAGCAAGAGACAACUUUCUUAUUUCAUAGAUAUUACCAUCCAAAAUAAAAAUUGAAUCGUCCACUUGAAUAUGAAACCUCCGAUUUAAAGUUCAUUAAUCUUAACCGUUAGGGAUUGAGGUGAUGAGUUACGAGUUUAAAGGUCUGAAAUAAAUUCUUCUAGUGGGCUGUGGCAAUGAGUCCCGUUUGUAACCCUGAUCUAGGGAAAGCAAGAAGUAGCGGAGCGGCUUAGAAACGUACCUUACAAAGUCAUCGUCUUUUUUGGCUGUUCUUCAACAAUUCUUGGCCGGAAGCCAAUAAACAAAGCCAUCAAUAAAAGAACGUUAAGUCUUUUAGGUGAGACUCCAA